AUGAUAAUAUUAAAGGUUUUGUUUUUAUAUAAUGGUUUAAUAGAAAUAAUUCUGUGUUAUAAAAAGUUUGCUCCUCAUAGAUUGAAUAGCAUAAUUCAUGAGAAUAAUAAAAAUAGCAUAGGUACAUAUGAUAUUAAAUCGAAAGCUUUAAAAAAAUUAUAUGAAAGAAAAUUGAUUCAUUAUGUAAGUGAUAUAAGAAAUAUUGAUAAGAUAUUAUAUCAUAAUGAAAAUGAGAAGGAAAAAAAGAAUAGGAAAAGUGUUUAUGCAGGUAUUGAUUUAACAUGUAAAUAUUUGCAUUUAGGUAAUUUAGUACCGUUGAUUACUUUGGAUAUCUUACGUAAUCAUAAUACAGAUGUUAUAAUAUUAUUAGGAAAUAGUACAACCCAAAUAGGAGAUCCUUCAUUUCAAAAAGUUGAGAGACAAAAAACGUUGGAAAAAGAUAUAUUAGAGAAUGAAGAAAAUAUAAGAAGAACAAUAAUUGAAUUAUUUCUUCAAAGAGAAAUAUGUGAAGAUGAUAUAAAUGAAUUAAUUAAAAAAAGUAAUAUAGAAAGAGAUAAGGAAUUUAUAUAUGAAUCAGAUAAUAAAGGUUCUUUAAUUAUAUUAAAAAAUAGUUUAUGGUAUGAUAAAAUGAAUAUAAUUGAUUUUUUAAAAUAUGGGGAACAUUUUUCUAUUAAUAAAUUAUUAAGAAAAGAAUGUUUUCUGAAUAAAUUUAAAAAAAACCUUACAUUGAAAGAUUUAAAUUAUAUAACAUUACAAUCUUUUGAUUUUUUACAUUUGUUUAAUAAAUUUAAAACAUGUAUACAAAUAGGAGGAUCAGAUCAAUGGGGUAAUAUACAAUCAGGAAUAGAACUUGCUCAAUAUAUUUCGAAUACUCAGUUAUAUGGUUUAACAACUAAUUUAUUAGUAUAUAAAAAUAAUAUCAAAUAUAGUAAAUCUCAAUUUAAUGAGAAUAAAAGGUUACCUAUAUGGAUAGAUAAAAAUUAUAACUCUCCAUAUUUAUUCUGGAAUUUUUUAAGAAAUGUGGAAGACCAAAAGGUUCAAUCAUAUAUUGAUAUGUUGACAAAUUUAAAUAUAAAUAUAAAUGGAGAAAUUGAAAGUGUAUACAAUUCAAGUGAUCCAAAAAAUUUAAAUGAGACUUUGGAUGACUCCAAAAAAGAAAGUACUACUACUAUUAAAAAUAAUAAUAAUGAUGAUGAUCAUCAUAAUAAUAAUAAUAAUGUUGAAGACACAGAUCAUACUACUGAACAUAAUAAUUUUACUAAUGAUAUAUCAUUGCAAAAGAGCUAUGAAGAAAAAAUUAACCAAGCUAAAAAACAAUUAUCUGAUAGUGUUACUUCCUAUAUUUUUGGUGAAGACACUGUUAAAAAAAUACAUAAAAUGAAAGAUGUUUUAAAGAAUAAUGAUUUUCAUAAAAUUGAUAAUAUUGAUGAUAUAAAAGUAUUUCCAUUUAUUGAAAUAACAAUGGAACAUAUAAAUCAAAACAAAAUAAAUAUUUUAGAUUUAUUGAAAAAAUUUGAUAUUGCAUGUACUAACAAAGAAGCUAAAGAAAAGAUAAGUCAAAACUGUAUAUAUUUAAAUGAUAUGCUUAUAAAUGAUUCAAAAUAUCAAUUGAAUAUAAAUAACUUUAUAAAGCUUGAUAAUAAAUAUUAUGCAAUCCUCAGGUUAGGAAAAAAAACAAGUUAUUCAAUAAUAAUAAAAUGA